UUUUUCUUCAUUCAGCUCGUUGAUCAACAUGAGUCCUGGACAGUUUGCCGUCAGUCUUACAUUUUUAUUCUCAUUAAAAUUUGCUCAGACAAUUUACCAGGUCUCCUCAUCUGUUCAACAAGGCAGUCGGUUUGUUUCAGUAAAAGCUGGAGAAAGUGUAACUGUGCAAUGUUUUUAUAACCCAAAUUUAACUUCAAAGUUUGACUGGUACAAACUAUCAUUUGGACAGAAACCAAAGCUCAUUUCUACUGCCUACAAGUAUGAACGUGGAACUUUUUAUAAUGAGUUCAAAGAUAAUCCCCGCUUCACCCUAGACACUAAAGGAAAUCUAAGUAACCUGAGGAUUACAAAUCUGCAGCCCUCAGACUCAGCGACUUAUUUCUGCAUAUCUGGGCAUUCAUACAAGACUAAGUUUGAUGGGGGCACCGUCAUUCACGUCCAGGAAUCAGUAUUAAAUGUUCAGGCUUUAAUUGACCAACAGUCGGAAACUGAGAUUUUCCAGCCAGGAGGCUCUGUGACUCUGAACUGUACAUUACAAACUGGGAGCUGUGGUGGAGAACACAGAGUUUACUGGUUCAGAAACUCCGAGGAACAUUAUCCAGGACUAAUUUACACUCAUGAAGGGAGCAACGAUCAAUGUGAGAGGAAACCUGGGGAACAAAGUAAUACAUGUGUGUUCAGUCUGCCAUUGAAGAACCUUUCUGUGUCCAACGCUGGGACCUACUACUGUGCUGUUGCCUCAUGUGGACAAAUAUUGUUUGGAAAUGGGACGAACCUGAACGUGAAGACUGAGACAGACUCUGUGUAUCUCCUGACAGGAGCUUUAGUAUUCACCACAUUUCUAAGUGUUUCACAGGCCGUGUUGUUGUUCAUUCUCUACAAGAGAAACCACUCUGAAGACCCAGAGUCUCAGUCCAAAAGGCCUUUUCCUUCAACAACCAUUACAGAAGGUGACCUAAAUGGUGAAAACCUUCAUUAUGCAGCGUUGAGAACGAGAAGAUUAACAGAUAAGACGAGCAGCAGAUCAUCAAGGCAGAGAAAUGAACAAUCUGACUGUGUGUACUCCUCUGUACAGAUGUAAAUGUGGAUAAUUUACCAUCAAUUAGUACAAACAA